AAAAUAGAUGACAUCCAGUGACGUGAGACACACACAGCUGCCAAAUGUGUAAUGUGUGGGAUAUGAAGCUAAAGUAUAGCGCUUUUAUCGGAAUCAGCACGUAUGUUUACCUGUGGUUUUCGUCCGUUGAAGCCGCUUGCUUUCAAGACCGGGACAAAGUCAUCCCCAUGUGUGAGAGCAAAACAAUAACGGGGAGCACCCUCUACAUCGAGGCCAACACCACCGUCCAGGGCAAUGAGCUGUGUUCCUGUACCGCCACUAGCUCUAGGACUGGAGAGGUGGGGAUAUUUGCUGUAGUUGGCACUACCUUCAGUGACUGUUCAGUACGAGUGGACGUGUAUGAACGCAUGUCAAGCCAGGAUUCAAACAUCUACAGCAUACACUGUCUGCAGGAUGCAUCGUAUAGCAGGAGUAUGGCAGCAAACACGGAAGUCAUGUAUAACCUGACUGGUCCCGGAACCAUCGACUCCUGUGUCAUGAUGCGCACUUUUGCUACAGGAUCAACGAUAACAAUAACGUGUUCACCAAAGAUCCAAGUCGCCACAACCAUUGCGCCACCAACUACGCCUGCACCUACGACUCAAGCCGCUACAACACCAGCUCCAACCACACAGGCACCGACCACACAAAGACCAACACAGUCACCCCGACCAACUACACAACCACCUGUAAAACAAUCACCAACCACACAGGCACCUACUACACAGGCGCCAACAUCACAUGCAGCGACCAGAGCUACACCGACAUCCUCAACCCCCGUCGUAGGAUCAACGCAAUCACCGUAUGACGAGUUCCCAGUUGGCUGGGUAAUUGGAGUCAUUGGCCUCUUCAUUAUUGUACUCGUCUUGUCCAUUGUGAUGUGGUUCAAAAGACAUGCCCUUUGCAGAAAGAACGUCAAACAAGAAACAGAACAGUCACAGGUUUAUUCAACAUUUCAAGUACCAUCGGAUGAAAAUGAAUAUCAGUCGUUGGAUAUUUCCCAGUCGGCGUCAGACAGAGUGUAUUACAAUGUACCUGAAACGUUGGCCAUCUGAACUCAUUCUGUGAUGCCUGGUUUAUCACCUCGUACUCUGAAGAUGAUGACCAGUGCAGUUAUCUUUUGUAAAUGAGACUGGUGCAAUCUGCAAUAGUGUAUAUAAGUGUACAUAGUGAGUCUACGUUGCUUGGAAUGAAUAACAUUUGUGUUUCUGACAUAAAUGUUUCUGUAAUAUAUAAAGGUGGCACGGGUGGCCCAGUCGUCUAAGGCGCCGAGAUUUGCUGUGCAGAGUUGCGUCCCUUGGGCACGUCAGAAACCUAUGACCUUGGGUUCGAAUCCCCGUUCA